UCUUUCAUCCAUUAACGGACCUAGGGGGUGUGAUGUUGACAGCCUGGUGAAGCAUGCCCACUCCCCAUUGCGGGUUCGGGUGCUCCGGGAUGCAGGUACCCUGGCUGAACCGCUGCUCCACAAUUUCUUACCCAGCAUUCCGCUUUGGCUGCUGGAGCCUUGCCUGAGCCUUAUGCAAAUGAGACCAGCACAGGCUUUGACUGCAGAAGAGGAGGGGGCAGAAGGGAGUUCAAAGGUCACGGGGCUGGCUGAAAGCUGGAUCAGUUGCCUGGAAAAAAAAAAUGUAUCCUGGGCUUCUGCAGCCGUGCUUUGCAGCUGUUAAAGGAAGUGCGCUUUAUUUCUGAAGAUUUUACAGCGUGUGCCGGAGUCAUUUAAAGCGCAUGCAGGUACAUGUGACAACGCCGCAGCGAUGAGUGGAAUUCUAAAGAGGAAGUUUGAAGAUGUCGACGCCUCCUCACCUUGCUCCUCUGCCCGGGAAUCCGAUGAUGAAGUCUCCAGCAGUGAAAGCGCUGACAGCGGGGAUAGCGUCAAUCCAUCCACCUCGAACCACUUCACCCCGUCCUCCAUCCUCAAAAGAGAGAAGCGGCUGAGGACGAAGAGUGUGCACUUCAGUUGUGUCACGGUGUACUACUUCACCAGGAGGCAGGGCUUCACCAGUGUGCCCAGCCAGGGGGGCAGCACUCUGGGCAUGUCCAGCCGUCACAACAGCGUGCGCCAGUACACCCUGGGCGAGUUUGCAAGGGAGCAGGAACGGCUGCACCGGGAGAUGCUGAGAGAACACCUCCGGGAGGAGAAGCUCAACUCUCUAAAGCUAAAGAUGACAAAGAACGGCACCGUGGAAUCUGAAGAGGCUAGCACUCUGACAGUGGAUGACAUUUCCGAUGAUGACAUUGAUUUAGACAACACAGAAGUAGAUGAAUACUUCUUCCUACAACCCCUGCCCACCAAAAAACGGAGAGCCCUGCUGCGUGCCUCUGGAGUGAAGAAGAUCGACGUGGAAGAAAAACAUGAGCUGCGAGCCAUCCGCCUGUCUCGAGAGGACUGCGGCUGUGACUGCAGAGUGUUCUGUGAUCCAGAAACAUGCACCUGCAGCCUGGCAGGCAUUAAGUGUCAGGUGGAUCGUAUGUCUUUCCCAUGUGGCUGCACUAAAGAAGGCUGUAGUAACACAGCAGGUAGAAUUGAAUUUAAUCCUAUCCGUGUCCGGACUCAUUUUUUGCACACAAUAAUGAAACUCGAACUCGAGAAAAACCGGGAGCAGCAAAUCCCCACGCUGAACGGCUGCCACGGUGAGAUAAGCGCCCACAGUACUGCCAUGGGCCCCGUCGCUCACUCUGUAGAAUAUUCCAUUGCAGACAAUUUUGAGAUUGAAACCGAACCCCAGGCCGCCGUGCUGCACCUGCAGGAGGAGUUGGAUUGCCAAGGAGAGGAGGAGGAGGAGGAGGAAGAGGAUGGAAGCAGUUUCUGCAGCGGAGUCACCGACUCAAGCACACAAAGCCUGGCCCCCAGUGAAUCGGAUGAGGAGGAGGAAGAGGAGGAGGAGGAAGAGGAGGAGGAGGAAGAAGAUGACGACGACGACAAGGGAGACAGCUUCGUAGAAGGGCUCGGAGCCCACGCUGAAGUCGUCCCUCUUCCUUCUGUCCUUUGUUACUCUGAUGGGACCGCCGUUCACGAAAGCCACGCAAAAAACGCUUCCUUUUACGCUAGCUCUUCAACUCUGUACUACCAAAUAGACAGCCACAUCCCGGGGACUCCUAGCCACAUCUCUGACAGCUAUUCUGAAAGAGAUACUGUCAAAAACGGUGCCCUUUCGCUGGUGCCUUACACCAUGACCCCAGAGCGAUUUGUUGACUAUGCCAGACAAGCGGAAGAGGCCUACGGGGCCUCCCACUACCCGGCUGCCAACCAGUCUGUCAUUGUUUGCUGCCCCACUCCCGAGAAUGAUAGUGGGGUGCCCUGUAACACCUUGUAUCCUGAACACAGGUCCAAUCUUCCCCAAGUGGAAUUUCACUCAUACUUGAAAGGCCCCUCCCAGGAAGGGUUUGUCUCCACGUUGAAUGGUGACAGCCACAUUUCAGAGCAUCCUGCAGAAAAUUCUUUGAGCCUUGCCGAAAAGAGCCGAUUGCACGAAGAGUGCAUCAAAGCCCCCGUGGUGGAGACGGUCCCUGUUUAGUUGCUUAAGUUAUUCUAUGACAGGACCAAAUCUUCUAUUUAAGCCACUGUAUUGCAUUUGCUGGGCUCGUCGUCGUUUAACCUGAAGACCAAGAAUAUUUAGACUGUGAUUAAUCUUCCAGACAGUAUUUCUUUUUCCUUCCUUUCUAGCUUCUCAACUGUGGUGUGGCACAAAUAAAAUACAGUCGCUGUGGGGAUUUUAAACGAUUUUGAACUUUUUUGAUAGAAAAUGCUAAAUUGAAAAAAAAAUGCAUAUCUCACAGUUGCCUACCUGUCAAACUGUGUGAACCCUGCCAAGCUAUGCAGAUCAUAGCUCCAAGUUUUAGAUUAUCGGGCCUGUGCAAGAUUGUUAACUAAGACUAGAAAAUAUUCAGAUUUAGAGUCCUAAUUUUCGAUAUAUCUGAAGAUGAUGGUGACUUUUUAAUGUAAAAGUAAUUAUUGUAAGAAAAAGAUUGAAUCGUUUCUUGUGUAUUUUAUUUAUGGUAGUUUAGAAGUCACGCUUUGAUGAAAAUGAACAGCAUGUUCACUGAAGCUGCAGUUGUGUUCGCUAGCACCACAGAGCAUGCCCACAAGGAUUGCACCUGGAAUCCACCCACAUUUUUAUGAUCAUGACUAAGCAGAUUUGCAAAUACUUUCUUAAGGAUGAGAUAGGCCUAUUUUUGCUAUUUGGGACAAAUGAGUCUAUAUGUGCAGGUCCUUACGCAGUUUUCUCUAAAGUUAAGAGUUAGGACAAUCCUCUGGUGAGGGUCCAGUUCACUGCCCUCCCUCAGCUGAGAUCGACGGAACUGCCUUUCUUUUUUAAACAGUGUCAUCUUGUUUAUUAGCUUAGACAGCACCUUUGAACUCUACCCCCUCCAUCAAAAUGCACUUUAGUGCCCCUUCAUGGUACCUCGUGUGGGGUGGGGUCUCAGAAUUCAGAACGCUUUGAAAUCAAAAUUUUUUAAUUAUAAAAAAGUUAACUAUUGUAAGGUUCAUACAAUAGAGAUAGCGGAUUCUUCCAAUGGCGUGAAAAAAAUGACUUGUUUUCCUUCAUUACUCUGAGGACCUAACUCAGUAACACAGAGGAGGCUGGGGAAGAGAGAGAGAGAGAGAGAGAGAGAGAGAGAGAGAGAGAGAGAGAGAGAGAGAGAGAGAGAGAGAAGAGCACAGCCUCAGAACCAAUCUGUUCUACACCAUGAUCAACCCAUCUCUACAAAAGCAAAACCAUGUAAUGAGUUUCCACUUGUGACUAGCUGACUGAAGGCAGGCCUCUACUUACAUACUCAUUAGGCCUCACUUUUCUGAAGCAUUUUUCUUUGUCUUGCCUUAGCACCGUAGUCCAGAAUGCAUUGCAAAGGCAGCCACCUCACAUUCUCUUACUAAGUAAAGAGAAUGCAUAGAAAGGAAGCAUGCACUGCCUGCCUCUGAGUUGCCUACUUGGUGCCUGGGAGAACUCUGAACAACCUCUCUUCCUGUUAGCUUAAGUAACUAUCGGACAAGUGCUAUGGUUUCUCCCAGUGCAAUGGUUAUGCCAAAUCCAUUUCCCAGUUUUGACAUUCUAUUGUUCCACCAUUUCACAUGUUUUAUGUCUAUUUAAAAUGUAGACGCACCCUGCUAUGUAGUGUAGUAACUGCAUCCCUAAUGUUUUUUAUGCCUCCUAGACCUGUGUAUUUAGAUAUCAUACGGGUGUCAGUUCCUUACAACAUACUAUUUUAUUUGCUCAAACUUCAGUGUGCUCCAGAGUCCUGCAGUGAGAAGUUUCUAUUUAAACUGGAUGUGGGGAAAGUGUGUUUGCUUAUGGAGUUGGUUCCUGUCUGUCUCAACACCAGGACACUCAAGGCCAAAUCAACACUAAUUAUUACCAACAUUAAAAGCACUUUGGGUUUGUCACGCUCUAGAAAGCAGUAAUGGAGGUGGGUUGUUCCUUUUGUUGAUUGGUGGGGCUACUCUGAUGGGUGUUUGCUCUGACUGUGGUAGUAUGGCCAGAGUUAUCUUACAGUUUUCGGUGUUUGAGCUCCAGUUUCCCUGGCCCCUGCCUACACAGUCUGAAGAGCAUGGACCCAAAGAGGAAAUGACAGUAGGCUGUUGUUCCCUCAUUCAAGCAAAUGCAAGAGUUCUGGGUUCCACCUUUGCUGGGCCGUUCCAAUCUCUGAAGUACUGACUGGUGAGGCACUCUCAGGCUAUCCUUAGGACAGAGUGCGGGGAGGCCCAGGGCAACCCUGUCUAGGGUAGAGUUGAGGGGUCACGUCAGUCCAGUUCCUGAGUCCUUAGAUACGCAUAUUUCAGUCAAGCCUUAUUUUACAAGGCUUGAAGCCUGCCUUUUUGUAUUGGGCUGGGUUUCUCUUUUGCAGCUUUAUUUUUCCCAAAAGGGACACUUCAAAAACAGAGCUUUCUUCCUCUCUCUAUUCAGUUGGGAUAGAAAGUCUCACUCUGCUAAGGAUAAUUACCUUUCUAAGCAUGAAAGAGCUGCCAUUCUAAUUUUUCACAUACCUAAGUAGUCCAUAGACAUCUCUCACAAAUCAUAAUGGGUACAGGCUACCUAUUUUAACAACAACAACUAAAAUCCUAUGUACUUUAUCUGUGUUAUACACACACAAACACAGAAUACAGGUGUACCAUACCCUAGAAUGGGACAGAUUUUAGCCAGUAGCUAGUAAUGAGUACUGGAUAUUUAGUUCCUACUUUACAAUCAGAUUGUGUUUUAUCUAAAAAAAAAUAUAGAAGAAAAAUUUGAAAGCGAUUGAUAGAAAAUAUUGGGUUAAAGUUAAAAAUAGUAUUAACGAGGAACUAUCUCAUUGUGUCUUCCUUUCCCAGUAAAGAACUGAGAACACAAUGAUUCCUCUGGAUUGUUCCCCCAUUAACAGACCUCCUAUUUAAGAAAAACUGCCCACAUGCAAGGCAAGUGCCACAGUGGUUUCUGGUUUUCAAAGGGAGGGAUAUAGUUGGAUUCAGCCAGGUUGAGACACUGUAAGUCUUUGCACCAGGGCACAAUGCUGUGACCUGCAGGUGUCACGCUGCUUCUGUAGUAUAUCUAACCAAUUAGAGUCUUUGUGUGUGCAUGCCUCCCAAGGCUUGCAAUAUCAAAGACACAGCCCAAUGCUCCAGACCCUAUUGUUUUAAAAAUUUCAUUCCCAGCUAUACUCCUGACCAAAUUGAUUUGCAAGUCAAGUGAACUAAUCAGCCUCAUCCCCUUUAUCUUUUUUAAAAUAUUCAUUAGUAAAAAGAAAUCAAAGACCAUUUUUAAGUCCCCCCGCAAUGUAUUGACCAUCAAUUACUAAAGUAUAAGUUAAAAUUCAAUUGUGUCUCUCUUUUUUUUUAGUAGAUUUAAUAAUAUAGCCUUUUUGAAAACCAGUCUUUGAGGUAAUUAUGUUUUCUUCGUCAUAUCAUGCCAAUCACGUAUAAAAUAUCUAACAUUUCCUCAAGUGGUGAAGUCCAUAUACUCACAUGUUCCAGCAGUACCAGCUCCUCUAGCACGCUCCUAGAAAACAGUACCAGUUACAGAAACUUGCCACAGUUCUUCAGACAUGCAGAGGUUAUACCGAUUACAUGCUAGGCAAAAUUGUGAUUUAGAUUUCAUUAAACAAGAAUAUGUACCAUAAGUUAUUUCCUAAUUGUUACCUCACUUUUUAAUUGUUACCUUGUACAAGUUCUUAAUGACUUAGUGUUGAUCUUCAGAACGUGACAAAUAUCCAUUUUUUUCCUUUUAACAAGUGUUUAUUGAAUGCUGCCUGUGUUGUAACAGCUGACUUGGUAGCAAAAGGAGCAGGGGAAUACAUAUGUGGAAGGGUGAGGACAAUGGAGCGUGGCAUGAGAUGGUCAAGCCUGACUGCAUCCUUUUACAUGGAAUCCUCCAGUGCCCUUGGGAAACACUGUUGCCGAGUCUUCUCAUUCUGCACAAACUGCUUCUAAAAGGAGAUGCUUUUCCCUAAAUUAAUGGAACUUACUACAUCCUUCUGAAACUGAGGAAAUAAAUUUGGAUUCUGGGAAAAGAUGUUCAGAGAGUCUUUCUUGGAAGCAGAUCUCUCUAAGAACAUGUCAAAUGUAUGCCAGUAAACUCGCACCAGUUUUGACCCAUACAGAACCAAGAGAACUUUAGAAGCAGUGUGGGACAUGAUCCUCUUACUCACUUUACAAACAGACUAUUCAAAUGGUAGAACCCUGCACCGAAGGCAUUGCCCAGAAGCAGAUAGACAAUGAGAGAGGUCAUUAGAGACCCCUCCUUUCAGCUGUAGUUUUAUUCCAGUGACAGUUCACAGUCAUUAUAGUCAACAUAUAAAAUGACAAGUGUAAAUGGAAGGCACCUUUAUGCUUUCAUGGUCUAAAUGACUAUAAUUUGAAAUUGUAACUAUUUGUUGUAUUGUUACCAUGACCAACACCCAAAGUGCAAGGCUUGCUCACUUUUACUCCUAAUAUGAAAUUGAGAUUUCUUAUUGUAUCAUUUUCCAAGAGUGUAAACUUAUGCUGGCUAGAGUCACUUAAAUGUCACCGCUUUGCACCAACAGUUAGUUCAGCUCAUCCGUUAUUUUCUGCAGCAUGACAGAGUUUAAUUGAAGAACCACAAUUUGAAAACUCACUAAAAUCGUGAAAGGGACAAGAUGGAAUGUAAGUUUGGAAAUGAUAGUGUCUGCUAAGAACUAUUAAUAUGUCUCAGCAGAGUUGAACUGGGGGUUAGUGUGCUGGAGUUUCACAAAUGGUAGGCACUCCAAAACUGGAAAAGUCAUUUCUGAUGGGGCUGCCCCCAGAGCCUAGUUAGUAUUCAUAUUUGCUGGCCAACAUCCAAAGCAGUCAUGGUUCACUCUCUAAAAUAUAAGACCACAGACCUCCAGCAAUCUGAAGAAAGUCUUUAAACACACACACACACACACACACACACACACACACACACACACACACACACACAUACACACACACACUCAGGAUGCUAAAUGAUUAAGCAACUGGCAUUGUUGACAAAAGUAAGGGAUUUGGAAAGAGAAUUCUUCUUUAACAAAUGUGACUCAGAAACAGUCACCUGUAAGCUUUGCCUCACUUCCUCUCUUGCCAGGACUCCUCAAGCAAGACCAUGAGACCCAGUGUCUUCUAAACAGCAUGGAUGUCUUUCUCUUUUGUUGUUCAUCAGAAACGUAAACCUGAAAGCUUGGCACUGCCUGGGUUUUCUGGUGGUCAGCAGUAGGGCUAAUCUAACUGUAUGCUGCCUUGCCUGCCAUGGGGGCUUCCAUUCUGAAAGGGUUAAGUCAGAUAGGAAGGGGAGAAUCGGGAGAGUAGGAAUGAGCUCCUAAAACCAGGAUGCCUUUUCCGUAUGUUGUUAAUGAGAAGACUGUUUUUGUUUUGUUUUAAAUGUCCUUAACAUAGAAGCCGGAACUUUAGUGCAUGCAGAUAUUUGUUACGUAUGGGGAAAGCAAUCACUCCAAAGGUUUAUGUCCUGUCCCUUAGGGUUUUCUUUCCUUGCCACUGGCCUUUCACUAUGCAAGACUAUUGCUUUGUGUAUGUCCCUUCAAGCUUGCUUACAUUUCAAGAAAAGACAAUUCUAUUGUCAUUUUAUUUCAUCUUUCACAGAAGCUGGCGGGACCAAGCUUGUGAAGGAGGAUGAUCGAUGUAAUUUAAAACAGCAUUUGUACUCAACAGGCUUGCUGGAAUUCCUCAGACUAUCUCAUUAGCACACUGAUAGUAAAGGCAGUUCAAAUUAUGGUUUUUGUCACAUGUGCAAGGUCGUCUAAGUAUUUUUAAGGAUAUUGAUUAGAAAGGGCUAUAAGGAGAUAAAUUGGGUAGAAAUCAGCCUUUUGUCAAAACUGAUUUACAUGACUGUAUUGAUUUUUAGUUGUAGCAUUAAAAUAGCACCAUAGUUAAAUGUCUUAUUUCUUUUUAACUCUAUUUCAUUUUUUUUUUUGGUCUGGCUUGGAAUGAGCCUAAAAGUUAUUUAUUAAUGAGGACCUGGAAGAAAACUGAAUGAUAAGGUGUCUCUUUAAAAAUUACCUAGAAAAUUCUAUCUGUACUGAGUCUUACCGCACACAAAUGAGACUCCUCACCCUCUAGUCUGGGUCAUGUGCCCCUAAGGUAGUUUGCUAUCUUUGUGUUGAAGAAAUAUCAAGAGGGAAUUUGUAGCACAUUUUAUCCAGUAUUGCUUUGUCCUCUUUUUCAUGCUGGCUGCCGUUUUUCCUCCCUUUUCUUAGAAAUGACAUCAGUAUUAAAACAAAUUCAAAGAACUAUAUAAAUUAUGAAAGUUUAUUUAAAUAUGAAGAAAAGAAAGUCCUCAAAUUUAAAUCUGAAUUCCCCUAAAGAGGAAAAAAAUAGCUAAAUCUAGGGAAAAAAUUGUUGUCUUUAAAAAAAAAUAGUGUUUAUACUUGAGUAAUGGAAUGGUACCCACAUGAUAUCUGGACUUGAUAGAUUUUUAAAUUUUAAUAGCUACAAAAGUCAUCUUGUUUUUUUGUUUUUUAACCACAAUUAAUCACAGUCUACUGCCAGGGUAUACCAUCUGAACCCUGAUUUAUUAGUCCAGUCAUGCCCAACAGGUAAUUUAGGACAGCCUAAUCUUAAAGAUAAUUCACAGAGGGACAACUAAGCAUAAGUAAUGGGAGAUUUGAGAUUCUUCUGUAUUCUUCAGGUUGUAUAGGCCUGAGCCUAAGAGAGCUCUCCAGAGGACCUCUGGGGAAGAUGGCCACUCAGGCAUAUCCAAGAGUAUAGAUACCCAUUUCUUCUUGACAUCUCUAGGGAAGUUGGCUUCCUUGGCAACACAGUCCAGCUCUUUGAGGUUUUCUCAUAAGAAUAUAUCUUAGCCAGUCUUUGUGGAUGAUGUACCUGCCAACAGUUGUGGUCAUUGGGGCAAUUGUACUAAAAGGCUGUAGAAGUUGAGUUCUCCUUCAUUUGAUGAUUAUUCCAUACGGCAAUUCUCCAAAUGUCUUAAGAAAUCAAACUUUAAAAGAGAAUGAAGGUACUUGGAUACUUAGUGAUGUAGCCUGCUUUUGGAAAACAAGGUACCAGGCAGCUUUUGUUCAUUUUUAUUUGCUUUUUAAAAAUUACCAUCAUGUCCGUGAGCGUAAUUGGUUUAGAUCCCAGUCGCAAACAUCAGAACUAGAGUCAAGUGAUUUGACUUUUAUACUGUUCAAUUCUCUGAAAAGUUACAAUUUUAGAAUGAAAAAAGGGACAUUUUUCUAUGUGCUUGCUUGUGAACAAGUACCUUCUUGUUAAUCUUCCCUUAGCAUAUGUAACAAAUGAGAAUCUAGACUUUUUCUUCUCCUUCUGGAGAUGUGACUGUCUGUGAAGAAUCUGAUCUGGAAUAAAAUGACUCCAAAGAAUCACUCAGCCGCCAUUUGAUCCCAGCCUGUGUAUAUGAGGAUAUUAUGUAAACAAUGGCUGCUUGCAUUCUCAGGAAUCAGGAAAGAGAUUUAAAAAAAUGUCAUCUUGAAAAGGCCUGUAAACUAAAAGGGGUGUUCUGGGAAAGGGUGACGUUUGUUUUUGUUUCUUUUUUUUUGUUUUUUUCUUUUCCCUGAUGAUGACAUCACUUGCCCCAGAUACUCCCUACAGCUUUCAGAGCCUUUUCUGUUUGCCUGCAACUCAGAGAGAGCACCAACUGGAAGCUGAGGACCACCCUGGACGUCAGGGUUUCCUUCCUCCGUGGGUCUUUGCCAAUCUCAAUAGGGGCCGCUUUUCCCCACCUGAGCACCUGUGUGAAAUGACAGCCACAUCAGUGUACUUGGUCCCCAUGAGUAACACUGUGGCGAAGUGACCCAGUGACACUCUUAGUCUAAAAAAAAAAAAAAAAAAGAAAAAAAAAAGAAGUUUCUGUAGAAUGCUAAUGUAAUGAAUGGUGAAUAAAAUUUGGCCUAUGUUUUAAUUGAUGCUAGGCACCUCAACAGAAAGAAGUCUGAGGCGUAGUUUGUGAAACAUGUUUCAAAAGUGUUUGAUGAUGUAUAAUAAAUGCUAGACAAUUACAGUACAGAAAUAGUCAAAGAAAAACCUGAACCUGUAGAUUACACCUCUGUUCCUAAGAACUCAGCCUUUGUUGUGUGUUAGUAAUGUCUCUCUGUUUUCUCUUCAGUUUAUCGAAUUUUGGUGUAACUGCCUCUUAAGGAUAGAAGUAUUAAUAACUAUGUACUGAUUAAUGCCUGUUAUUGCAAAAAAGGCACUUUGUUAUUUCAAUGUGUUUCCCUUAGUGUCACCGGGUAUAUGAGUUUGAUAGGGAAGGUCAUUUGGCAUUGGUCAACAAAACAGUUUCCUCAUCAAACAUCCAUGUUUACAAUUGGUUGUCGUCCUUUGCAGUGUCUUUGUCCUGACCACAGUCUUAGACAGCAACCAUGUUUCCACUUGCAAGCUGCCAUGGAGCUUGGUACAUUUGGAAACUCUGGUAAGAUGUAGCGAACUGAAUGUGUUGGUAGGUCACGUGAUCCCGAGGACUCAUGUACCCUUCUGUCUGUGUAAACCACCCAUGCAUUAGGAUUGGUUCCUAAACGAAGGCCGUCUAUUGAGGGUAUUUGUUCCGAGUGUUUGGUUUGGGGUCUGUUGGAAGCUGGCAGGUGGAAAAUGCAUUACUAAAAAUUCAGAAAAGCCACCACAGUACUAUAAAGUACAUUUUAACAUUGAUUGAUUGAAGUUUAUCUGUCAACUGAUUUGUAUCGUUACUUUUACCCAAUAGAUCCUCAAUAGAUACUUCAUCACUGUUCUGUGCAUUCUAAUGACUUGUAAGGUUGAAAGGGAAGAAAAUCAAACUACAAUUCAUGCAGUCAUUUUACAGUAUGAUGUCAUGUUGUAUGUCGCAGUUUCUAGACUGAUUUUUUUCUUGUGUACAAGUUAUGACAUCAAAGAUGCCAAAGGGGAUAGAAAAUAAGCUACAAGGAUAUUCAAUAGAAUUUAACCUGGACCUUAUGUUGUAAUAAUUUAUUCAUAUUAGCUGUAGUCUUCUGUAUUUAUAUUUUCAGUAUUUAUUAUGAAUGACAUGGAAAUUCCUGUAUUUAUUGUGGCUUUUUGUUGCAGUGUGUGUAUGUGUGUGUGUGCACACACACAUACACACAUAUAUAUUACAAAUAAGCAUUUUUAAGUCUGAUCUUUAAGUUUCUUUCAUUAGUGGCACUUGUAUUGUGCUGUACUUUUUAUUAUAUUGUACAAUAGCUUGUCCAUUUGUUUGCAACAGAGUAAAACUGGUUUCUAAGUUGUAA